UAUCUCAGGAGCUACUCGUGACUGACUUGGAGCAGAGUUGUCAUUUUCUUUGGCCUAACUGGAGGACUUGAGACCAGCCCCACUAGUGUAUGUGGCAGACCUUGUGGCAUUUACACUCCACCUCCUUGACCAGAAUGCCAGUGCCGACAGACUCACCUGGCAUGGAGGUACCAUUCCUCCAGAGGAGGUGUGGA